AUGGAGACGCGCGACGAGUACUUCCAGGAGUGGGAAGAUGCGGCCCACAUAAAGGGUCUGUCCCCGAUGACGAAGUGCACGGUUGCGCUUCGUCAGUUGGCAUACGGCACUACGGCGGACAUGUUCGACGAGUAUCUUCACGUCGAGGAUACAACUAGCCGAGAGUGUCUGGGAGUAUUGAUUGUAUGCACUGGGAGUGGAAGAAUUGUCCUGCAGCAUGGAGAGGCCAAUUCACCUGUGGGGUCAAACAACGACAUCAUUGUGCUGAACUCGUCGAGUCUCUUCAUCGAGCAAUGCAAUGGCCACGGUCCGGUUAUCAACUUCACUGCCAAUGGACGGCAGCAUCAUAUAGGGUACUACUUAGCCGACGGCAUUUACCCGAGGUGA